AUGAUCCUUAAACGCAUCACGCGAUUGUCACUGCUUGUGUACGGGGUGCUCGGCAUCAAUGCACUUCCGGCUGUCCCGGUCUAUGACCUUAAUGGCAUCGACUUGACUGUGCCCGUUGAACGGCAGCAUCGUCAUUACGGUACUGGAUUUGGGUUCCUUGUCGAUAUCAUCUGUGCUCUCGGAACAGAUGUCGUGGCGCUUGAAGUUCCUAUCGUGUUCAACAUUUACGGAGAUCACGAUCCCAACGGACUCAUGUUUGCGUUGAAAGAGAACGAGCAAGCCCUCGAACGCUAUUCCGAGAACUUUGUCCCCAACUCAAUCAAUGCGACUUCGCGUACUGCACGCCGGUUUGAGCUCAACCCGCUCGUGCGCCCUCUUGUGCUUCGCUGCAACUUGCACGACUCCGUCACCGUCAACCUGGAGAACCACAUUCGCAAGCAUGCUGUAGGCCUCCACGUUGCUCUGGAUGGGCAUGAUGUGAGGGACGACGGGUCCGCUGGCAACCUCGGCGGGCGCGAAAAUGAUACCAAUCUACACGGCCUCUUUGGGGCGUUGGUGGUGGAACCCUUCGGCUCUCGCUGGACGCAUCCCCACACCGGCAAGCCUAUCCGCGACGGCCUUACUGCUGAUAUCCAUCCACCGAAGCGAUCGGGGUACCGGAACUUCAAAGCCGACUUCUUCCGCGAGGAGCCCGAAUUGCACGACCCUAGCGCUUCAUUCCGCGAGCACGUCACUAUUUUCCAUGAUCAAGCGGAAGUCAGAAAGGGUUUCAAGUUGACGGAAAACCCGUGCGGCGAAGGGCAACCGGGGCCGUCUGUCGGAAGGCCGGACGUCGAAACAAGAGACAAUGAUGCUGUUCACGCAAUCAACUACCGCUCCGAACCCCUCCGCAACCGUCAAUCCGACGUAUUCGACCGCAUUAACAACGGCAUCCUUAAGCGUCCCGUUUUCGGGGAAGAACAGCACCAUUCCUCUUGGAUGCAUGGCGACCCGGGUUUGGUGUUCACCAACUACGCUGGAGAUCCCGCCAAGUUUCGGGUUGUCCACGGCGGCGUCCAAGAGACGCAUGUGUUCCACUGGCAUGUGCAUCAAUGGUAUGCCGUCGACGGAAAGACCGACAGCCCUAUCACUGAUUCCUUCAGUUUGUCACCACAAUGGGCAACGACGUUCACCGCAUUAUAUGGCUCGGGCUCACGACUGAAAUCCAUCGGCGAUGUGAUCUUUCACUGCCAUUUGUACCCUCACUUCACGCUCGGCAUGUGGGGAAUCUUCCGCGUAUUCGAUAAGCUCCAAAAUGGGUCUCAACGCUACCCCGACGGCAGUCAGAUCCAGCCCCUGUUCGUGCUCCCCGACCGUCAACCUCCGCCGCCACCCACCGCUCUUCGGCCUGGUUUCCCAAACUUCAUUCCCGGCGAGUUCCGUCAGAAGUCCCCUCGCAUUGGCUGGCCCGAGGCAAUACUCGGCCCCAUCCCUGAGGGAUCAGACUAUCGUCCUGCCAACCCUAUCGAGGUUGCUGCGAUGAACGCCAACCCCCAGCCCGGAAACUUCUGGGCCCUGUUUCCCACCCGCAAACGGGAUAUUUUGUUCAACAACUACGGCUGGCAUGAUCCGAAAGGCCAUAUCUACAUGAUUGAGGAGGAAGAGUUUGGCGACCGGAACACCCCUACCCCAUACGACCCAUUGAUUCUCCGCGGCAAUCACGGCAAUGUCCUCGUCAACACGAUUAAAAACAAGUUCGACACCUUCCUGCCCGAAGACGCUUUCGAAAUGGCAGUGCCCGACUGCCCGAAACAUCCUUUGGAAGGGGAGGUCGGCAUGCACGUACACCUAGUCAAGUUUGAUGUCCAGUGUUCUGAUGGAGCUUCCGUCGGUUGGAACUACAUCAGUGGCGCUCGGUUCGGGCGGUACUACAUUGCGCGUGCGGAAUACUUCUUGAACAACAAUCUGGCUCAACGCACGCUCACGGGGAUCCAAGCUGCGAUCCGCAAGCCGGACGGCGACUGGUUCUGCGAAAUUGUCCAGUUUGUGGCUGACCAGCAUCCAGCGUUCACAAGAGUUGGGAUCCCAAUCAACCCGCCGCCUUUCCCGUCCGCACUCAACGACAACGGCGUCAUGGUGGUCAACUACAAGUCUGAACCUUUCCGCGAACGCAUCAAACGCUUCCGCCGCGAGCAUCACCAGGAGCCGGACCCGCGUCUGCUGAUGGACUCCAAAGUCUUCGGCGAUCCCUUCACCACUAUUUACCAGUCAUACCCAAACGAUACCAUCCGGCUACGCAUCGGGCAAGGCUCGCACGAAGAGUCUCAUUCGUUCAAUGCGUACGGGUUCCGCUGGCACGACCUCUGGACAGACCCCGACUCGCGCCUCGUAGAUCAGCAAAUUCUCGGCAUCUCCAAGGCCUUCACCAAAAUCAUCGAGGGAGACUACACGCCUGGCGAUCACCUGAUUUACUGGGGCGUGAUCGACGAUACAUGGCUCGGGUGCUGGUCGCUCGUUCGUGUCUUUGACCACCUGAACGCAUCGCUGCCGGUGCUCCCCAGCAAUGCGGACCCGUUCAACAACCGUACCACGCCGCACUUACCGGCUAAGAUCAACCCAAGCCGCCACAGAGAAUACCGGGUCGUUGCGGAAACGAGGCUGAUUGAUUAUACGGAGGGAUUUUUGGGGCAGCCUGGAAGGAUCCGUUUGGUUUGGUUUAUCGGCUCGAGGCUUACAAAGCCUGGAACGAAUACAUGGAUUUCUGUGGCGCAAAAGGGCAAGAACCCGGAACCGCUAGUCAUCCGCGCCCAGGUCGGCGAGUUUGUGACGGUGUGGCUCACCAACAAUAUUCGUCGGGACCUGGUGGCGGAAAAGCACAGACCCGAAGUCCCGGUGGAUCUGUUGAACUUCCGCAGAGUCUCGGAACACGUUUCCAUCCACGCUGACAUCGUUCUCUUUGAUACCCGUACGAACGAUGGGACCAAUGUCGGUUUCAAUCCGGACCAAACCGUCCCACCCGGCGAAACUCGGCCUUUCACGUGGUUUGCGGACCAGUUCUAUGGCAGCCCCAUCGUCCUUCAAGAUCAAUCCGACUUCCGCAACCAUCGGCACCACGGUCUAAUCGGCGCGCUCGUCGUUCGCCCCCCAGGGUGGCUUCCCUCUCGUUGGUACGGUCAGGAAGCUACGCUACAGCGCGUAUGGUCAGUACCCGGGCAGUUUGACGACAGCGCGAGUAUUCGGUUCAAUCAAGCGGGCGGCGCUAUGGGGUUCCAUCCAAGAAUCGAUGAGGAUGAUGUGUUUGUCAUGGAUGAGCAUGUCAUUUUGUUGCAGGAUGGCUUGCGACUCUUCAACAGAAGAAAUCCGAACGAACCCAUCCCCGACAUAGACACGAACGUGAACACCGGAGCGGACGGCGAUGUUGCGAAUGCCGAGAUUAUGAACGAUUUGCAAGCCCCGAGACCGCACACCCUUGCUCAGUUCCUGCGUGACCCGUUCUUUUUCAAGGCGUGCAACAUCUCAGUCUGGUUGAAGGAGCAGCAUGGUCAGAUGCCCUUGCCGGACGACGAUCGGGACUUGUGUCACCCUCAUAUGCGGCGGUUGGCAAACCAGAUCGACCCGGAAGAUCAAGGACAAAAGGGGCUGAACUAUCGCUCGGCACCAACCUUUGACCCCAUCUGGCUUCAACCCGACAACCCGCCCACACCCAUCUGGCAUGCGGUCCAAGGAAGGUACCAGAUGUUCCAUAUGGUAGCCGCGAACGAUAAGCCGCGAGCGAUUUCGCUGCAUGUGCACGGACAUGUGUUUUCGGAGAUUGAGAACGCGGGAGCGACUGCGACAGGCGUGGACAAUGCGAUCAACCCGGGACGCACGGAGACGUUCGUGUUCAAGGCCGACAGGCAAGGAGAUUGGGCGGUUCGGCCUUGUUCGGUAUGA